UUUGGUCGAAAGGGAAACAUAAAUUUUCCCCCCAAAAAUGGGUUCCUCCAGUUCCGACAGUGAAUCGUACCGCAGGCAAAGGAAACACAAGAAAAAGGAGAAAAAAUCUAAGAAAAGUAAAAAGGAAAAGAAACACAAAAAGGAGAAAAAACAUAAGCGCCAAAAGCGCUCCUCAUCGUCCAGCAGUUCCGACAGUGGAAGCGAUGCCUGGGUCGAAGCGUUGCCGGCGAACAACCGUGCACCGAGAACAGAUUCCCCGCCUCAACAUGCACCACCGGUGAAACUGGAGCGAGAAGAUUGGAUGAAUUCCAUGCUGAUACCAACGUACAGCAAAGAACCUAAGAAGGAGGAAAGCAAAGCGGCGGUGGCCGCACGAGAGCAGUACGAUCCGAAAACAAGUGUCCGGGAGUUAAACCCGCAUUGGAAGAACGGUGGCAGCGGGUUGCCCAGCUUUCGGAAGCCCACAAACGAUGAGGACGAUGACCAUGACUACCCGCGGCAUGGGCGAAAGGAGGAAUACAAACCGGCAAGCCGCGUAGCUGCAGCUGGUGGAUGGAAAAAGGCAUCAAAUGAUGCCCCAAUUCCGAAACAACGUGAACCACUACAGGAUACUGGUGAAGAAGUACGUUCCAGCGACAAGCCUUCCACGACACCGCAGCCCGAAACGCGCGAUGAACAGUUCCUGACGGAUCAACAAUUGAACGAUUUGGGAGCAAAACUUAUUAAAGCUGAACUUUUAGGUAACACGGAGCAGGCCGAGCGUUUGCGAGAUCAAUUGGCCAAAGCAAAAGCCUAUCGAGUGGAAGUGCAGUCAAAGAAACCGCAAGAACCACCAUCUAGACGCAGACCAAUCGAUGAAGAAGAAACAAUCACUUAUACCGCCAGAAGGUCGACUGGCGAGUCACAAAGACACGCUGAAAAGAAACAGAAACGAUACCAACAAAACCUACCACCGGGACCGGAUCUUGCGGAUAAGUUUCGCUCGGAACGGCAUGACAAUGCCAGCAUGGAUGCUCAAUUCUUUAAGGUUUCGGCAAAGAUGGGCGAAGGCAAACGUCUCGAGAACAUAUUUGAUCAUCAGAAGGCAUCCUCAUCGGCUGGGGAUGCUGACGCAUGCGAAGAACGGUCUGUACGCGAAAUGAACCAAAUGAGCAAAGCACAGGCCGACUGCGAGAGAUGCCUUAACUCGGGCCGAUUCGCCCAGGAACAGCUCAUAUCGAUGGGCAAAAAUGUCUUCCUAAGCAUACCGACGUGGAGAGCUUUGCAGCCGAAACACUGUUUCAUUGUGCCAGUGGGCCACUAUCCCUGCUUAACGCAGGUGGAUGAAGAUGUGCACCGGGACAUCGUGGACGUUUGCAAGGCGCUUGUGGCAAUGUUCCGAAAGCAUCAGAUGGAGGUCGUUUUCUUCGAGACGGUCCGUUACCUAAACCGCAACCCGCACAUGUACAUCCAGUGUGUUCCGGCAAGGAAUUACGAGAUGGCACCGUUCUACUUUAAAAAAGCGAUACUCGAAUCCGAAACUGAGUGGGCCAUGAACAAGAAGCUGCACAACGUGGACGGUUUUAACGUGCGGAGGAUCAUACCGAAAGGUUUGCCGUACUUUUGGGUAAAUUUUAAUCUCGAGAAUGGAUUUGCCCACGUCAUAGAGGAUCAGGAAGAGUUUCCAGUUACAUUUGCCACGGAAACCAUCGCAGGAAUCUUGGGCUUGGAUACACGCGAAUGGCGCAAACCACGGAAGGAGAUGAAUCCGGCGCAGAAAGUCGCUGAAUUUAAAAGGUGGUGGCAGGAAUUCGAUAGCGUGCUAAUAAAAGAGUAGUUUCGAUUGCCUACCGGUCGUUUUAAAAGA